GCUGGGCAGAGCUAGACCAUGCUCCUUCCAGCUUCGCGGUACGUGGCCCCUGGGUCCAGGUCCAGCGGUUCACUGUGCCCCGUUAUGUGGCUCUGGGGAUGAACGUGACCCUGGAGUGUGACUAUGUGGUGCAACAACAUGCUACUCUGUACUCCCUCAAGUGGUACAAAGACAACUCCCAGUUCUACCAGUACAUCCCCAGCUCUGAACACCCGCAUGCUGUGUUCUCCGUAAAGGGCCUCUUCAAGAACCAGGUGGUGCAUGACCAUGAAGGGAGGCGGGUUGUGGUGGUAGAUGUGGGGCUGGAGGCGACUGACGUGUACAGGUGUGAGCUGGUAGCAGAGGGGCCGCCCUUCCACACUACCCAGAGGUCAUCCAACAUGACUGUCGUCGUGGUGCCAAAGGGACCUCCAGUGAUCUCAGGCAGCCGGGAGUACUACCAGCACAACAGGCACGUGGCCCUCAACCUGCCUCCCCGCUGGCUCGCCCCUCAGUGGCCCUCUCCUGGACCAUCAACGGCGAGGAGGUGUUACCCAAUAGCGUGAGGACGGUGGAACAUGUAACCAACCCAGCGGGCCUUGAACGGGUCACCACACACCUGAGCCUACACGUAAACGAAGACCAUUUCAGGGGAGGAAUGAUGAAUAUCGCCUGUGUUGGUCGACUGGCCGAGCUGUACCUCAAGUCAGCUGAAGUGAUCAUACGGGAACCAUCCAGCCGCUGGUUUGCCCCGACCAACCUCUACCACACGCUAAGCGCGGGUGACAACUUGACGUCUGGUCCCUCCGCGGUCAUACUUGGAGCCAUCCUUCUCACCUUGAACCUGUUCCUGCCAUAGAUGACCUCCCCCCCUCCCUCCCCCCUUCCCCAUCUGACCUGACCUCAUCUAGCAGAAAAGAAAGGGUCGCCCUGAAGCAACAACAGUCCUCCUUACAUAGCGAUAUAAAUGCGAUGUACCCGUGACCUGUGACAAGGAGGUCAAACUGUUUUUCGUGUUGACUGAUUAUGAGAGAUAGAGUACUGUACAUGUCCCUCUGGUUAGCCAAGGUUCCCAAGAAUCAAGGUCAUUUGGGGUUAUCCUUGGCCAAACUAAUUACUCCUGGGGUUAUUUGUGGGGUCACUUGGAAUCCUCUCUGGUUAGCUAAGGUCAUUGUAGGACAGUCUAAGCUAAGGCCUUUUUGGGGGGGGGGAUGCGGGAGGGGGGGGGGAGUGUAAUUUGAUGUCAUUCUGGACGACUCUUCUGUCCUUCUGGGUAAUUUUAGACAAUGCCAUACGUUAUUAGAUGUGUCAUUCAAGUUCAUUGUUAAGUAAAAUCUCAGUUCCCACGAGUUACCCUGAGUUUUCCUCGGGGUCAUUCUGGGUUAUUUUAAAGCUACAAACGGAUAAAUCGAGGCCAUCCUGGGGAUCAUUCUGGCAUCUCAAUUAACCAUAGGAGUCAAUCUAAGUCAUACGGGGUCAUUGUAGGUCAUCAUAAGCUACCAUAGGUCAAUGUUUACACCAUGUAGAGUCAUCCCGUGUUAUCUCAGUCUAUUAUCAUACAACUCAAACAGUUCUAAAGGUCAAUGUACUGUAGGUCAGUCUAGUUAACACUAUACUAAGCUGAGUAGUGGCUGAGUUAUCAACGAUUAUCUUAAGUACACCAUUUUAAGGCAGAGCAAAUAUCCUUUUCGAUGCUGCCACUUUAAACACUGGCACACCACGAAAGUAGUCCAGAUACACAGAGAUCACGUGGAGCCCGAUCAAGGAUAGGUCAAAAUAUCAAGAGUCAUAUGAGGUCAAGUUCUUUCUGGCACAUCAUGAAUGACCAAUUCCACUGAAGCACCCUUAUACACCGAGGUCAAAUACAAAACUAGGUCAAGAUCAAGGUCAACUUAUAAUAUGUUAAAGAGAGGUUAAAUCAUCAGGCUGCUUCCCAAGACCAAGAGUGUAAGGGGUGAUAGGUCGGAUCAGCGUUUGGAGAGAACACUGAAGAUCAAAUGAACACAAGGAGAGGUCAAGCUAAGUUACUUCAGCUAUGACAACGUGAUGCAAAAGAGAAACCAGAUCAUUAGAGUACACCAGUUAGUAAUCGAGGUCACUCAUAACCCAGCUACCAGGAAAGACUCAAGAGAAUCAAGCAUAUAAUAAAAAGUGUAUCCCCAUAGUGCAAGGUCAAGACAAGCUGAGAUACUGCCAUGUUAAGUGAGGUCAUCUCAAGAGAAUAUUACCAAGUCAAAGAGAACAAGUUGGAGGUGAUAUUGGAUACAUGUCAUAUGAGAGUUUAUUCAGAAGAGGAGGUCAUGUCACAUCAGGAACCAGGUCAUCAGGUCACCACCCGGAACAACAGCAAUGUGAUUAGAGUCAAAUCAGUCGGAAAUAUUGUCACAUCAUAAAUUUAUCAAUAGAUAUGAAUAACGUCUGAACUACUUACAACAACAACAAAUAAUAAUAAUAAUAAUAAUAAUAAUAAUAAUAAUAAUAAUAAUAA